AGCUAUUGUACUGGACUUUGCAAGGGACCUUGAGCCAGUAGGCCAGGUCUACUCGCGAAUUUGAAAAGACCAAGGCAAGCCUGCCGGCAUCUUAUUUCCGGUACUCCAGAGGUUCGCGAAACACAGCUGGGCCUCCCAACUUGACCCCCAAACACCUCUCGUGAUCAGAGGACAGACGACGAGAGGCUUUUGCAAAACAUCCAUGGAUGCCGGGUCUUGGUUCCAUCAGCCAGAUGGCCGUGAAUCGCCCUCCUCUCUUCUCCAUAGAGAUUUCGGGCAGCAUUGUGAAUCUUACGGCGAAAAGAAAGUUUUGACACGACAGUCGAGAUUGAUAGGAUGAAUUGCCAGCUAUGCUGUCUAUCCACCCAUCCAUCCAUCCAUCAAUGAAUACAGCCCCGCUGAGGCCUUCCUGUGGAUGCCUUUUUCCAUCAUCACAAUCAGCAAAUAACCAGUCUCUAGGCAUGAAGCUUUCAACAGGAUAAAGAGCGGUGAACAUCAAAUACCAAUGUGUUUUGUGCAUCUCAAUGAACUCAGCCUCGCUUUCAUGACAAAAUGGCCCCUUGGGGCGGCCGGCUAUCUGCGAAUCUCGAGCCGGCGAAGCCAGAAAGGGAGUCAUUGCCAUCUCUUGUUACCCGACCAACACCCUCACGAUGCUCGACGUGUCCAUCGCCCAAUGAACGGAAAGGAGAAUCUGCAUCUCUCAGUGCAUCUUUAUCACGUACAUCAAGUCUCGAGCAAGUACUUUUUUGUAUAUCCUUUGAGCGAGCGGUACGGCCCGCGUGCCGUUCAUAAUUGGUCUAUUUGGGUGAGGAACAGAUAUUACCGAGGUCACACGACGGUACACUGGUUCAUGAUUCGUCUACGAUCGAUAUUCGUGGUUCAAAGUGUGGCACACAGCCCCAUGGCCGGCUUUUCUGUUCGGUUUGAGCCGCACUCACAGGUCAGCCUGAGCCACGCAGCCUGGUUCUGAAGGACAUUUCUUGGCCGCGCCAGAGCAGUGCUCGAUGCGGUAUAUGACACUAUAUACUGUUGGUCGACGGUUGGCUGUACUGAGAAUAUACGCGCGGCUAGGGAACGCUGGCGAAUUCUAGAAAUGCCUAGAAAGCACCAAUUUAAGUACUAUGCGGUCUUGUUGAAGAUAAGAACCUCUUGAGAUUAUCUCUAUCAAAUACAUCCUUUUCGCUUGUUGGCUCUUACAUAUUUUCAUAUCAGAUAGGGGUAUUAUUGGUACCCAAGAACCUACGAGGUUUUGAGCA